UGUUGGCGGGCGGUCCAUGGCUUCCCUCCAUCACUUCACCCCAUUAACUAUACAUAUCCCAGCCCCCAGCUACUGCGGAUCUAGCCCUGCAACAACACAGUUCGGGACACCUCACAAGCCUCCCCCAGCAGCCCCCAGCCCCCAGCCCUGCGCCCCGUAAAGUACCCGAAACAAUCGUACAUCCUUUGUCUCCCCAUCCCCUUCUCCUGCCUCAUCACACACCCACCGGCCAUCACCCUUCUAUCCUAUUGCGCCCUGGGAUAAGGUUUAGCCGCCAGCCACGCGAGUACCACCAGCAGCAUCGCGCCCAACCAGCACACCUUGUCGACGCGCUGUAUUCACCUCGGUUUAUUCAAAGGAUCGUCAACCGACGCGUCACUUUCAACCUCUUCUUUCCUCAACCUACUAUACCUAAGACAUGUCAGGAGUCGUGAACGGUGUUAGGGUCGCUACCGACGACCCCAACCGCGUCAUUACCGUCAGUGCUCAAUGGGGCAAAACUGGCGCCGACACCACCAUCAGCUACACCAACUGCAAGGCUGUCGGUAACGGAAGUUUCGGUGUUGUCUUUGCAGCCAAGAUGUCGCCUGUGAAACACGAAGACGGGUCUGAGGAGCCAGAAUCGGACAUUGCUAUUAAGAAGGUGUUGCAGGACAAGCGAUUCAAGAACCGAGAACUACAAAUCAUGCGCCUAGUCCAUCAUCCCAACAUUGUCGACCUUAGGGCAUUCUUCUACUCCAACGGCGACAAGAAGGACGAAGUAUACCUCAACCUUGUGCUUGAAUUAGUACCUGAGACUGUCUACCGAGCUUCUCGUCAUUAUGCCAAGCUCAAGCAAGCAAUGCCCAUGCUCCAAGUCAAACUCUAUAUGUACCAGCUUUUCCGCUCUUUGGCGUACAUCCAUUCCAUCGGCAUUUGCCACCGAGACAUCAAGCCUCAAAACUUGCUCCUCAACCCUGCGACUGGUGUUUUGAAGCUUUGUGACUUUGGUUCCGCCAAGAUCCUCGUUGCCGGCGAGCCCAACGUGUCUUACAUUUGUUCUAGAUACUACAGAGCCCCCGAACUCAUUUUCGGCGCCACAAACUACACCACAAACAUUGACAUUUGGUCAACUGGUUGUGUCAUGGCCGAGUUGAUGUUGGGACAACCUUUAUUCCCCGGAGAAUCAGGCAUUGAUCAGUUAGUGGAGAUCAUCAAGGUUUUGGGUACCCCUACCAGGGAACAAAUCAAGACUAUGAACCCCAACUACAUGGAGCACAAGUUCCCUCAAAUCAAGCCUCACCCCUUCACCAAAGUCUUCCGGCCGCGAACCCCUGCUGACGCCAUCUCCCUUAUCAGCACUUUGCUCGAAUACACUCCUUCCGCGAGGUACACUGCUCCUGAAGCAUUGGUGCAUCCCUUCUUUGACGAGUUGAGGGUGGAAGGUGCGAGGUUGCCAAAUGGAAAGGACAUGCCCGAAUUGUUCAACUUUACCCACGAGGAACUGUCAUCUCGUCCCGACCUUAUCCGUCAACUUGUGCCUACGCAUGCUGAGGAGGAGCUUCGUUCAAGGGGUAUCGAUGUCAACGACUUCAAGCCCAUUCCUCCUGAACAGCUGCGUGUCACUUUGGACUGAUUGUAGGAAAGCUGUAUAAAGAAAUGAAAUAUAUACCCAGCAAGCUUUUCAUCAUUCAUCCCACAUCAUCGUUUGGCACCGUCUUUCCACUUUUCUCCCAUAUUUUUUCCCCUUAAGCAUUACGUGGCUAGUGUCUUUUGACUCCCGUCAUCUCUCUGGCCUUUUAUCGCAUGUCUCUUCACUGGCCUUAUUUUCUUCUUAUAGAUUUAGUCAGUGCCCAGGGAAGGUGAUUUAGGCAUUUUUUUCAUAGAGACGGGGUUUUGCGGAGAGGGAUAAAUUAGUGUGUUUUCGGUUGACGAAAGUCUGUUUCCUGAGGCUUGUGUCAAGUGGGAUAAAGGGCAAGAAGUGAUUGAGUUUCGGCAAAUGUAUGAUUCAACUGCGCAUGGAUUGUGUCUGAGACUCCAACCAA